UGGGCGAUUUUUCUGGUGCGCUGUUGCAGCAACUACAGUAAAGCGUGACGGUGAGGUUGUAAUAAGUGGUUGGUAUACCGUUGCUAGAUUCAUGUAGCUCUAUAGCUUUCGUGAGUAUUACUAGCGUUAUAACACUGAGGUCAAAUGUCAGCGUAAUCUUUGAAUAUAGGAAAGGUUAAGAGGCUUGUCAUUUUAUUGUUGUGCUUUGUAAAAUCUUCACUGCAGUACAGGUUAGGUGGUUCCACAAGUCAUUAGCCUAACGCUGGAUAAAAUUUGGCAUUUAUAAAAGAUUCAAAUGGAUGCACGUAAAGUUCGGAACGAGGACAUUAACCCCUGCAUCGAAGAGAGUGAUGACUCCCAGAAGUGUCUGAAUGUCUUCAACUAUGACAAAAGCAUGUGUUCCACCUAUUUCCAGAGAUAUAAGAAGUGUAGGAAAUAUUGGCACAACAUAAUGGUGCAGAGGAGAAAAGAUGGUGUGAAACCUGACAUGCCCACUGCUGCAGAGAGGCUGGAGAUGCUCACUGCUACGGGAGGCAAGCCAUACUGAGACUGAGCACAGGCAGACACUGGGAAGAGCAGCAGGCCUGCACAAUAUGGUGAUACAAACACUGCAGUGUGUUCUGUGCUCCAAAGAACCACUUUCUCAUCUGUAAGGAACUGCAACUGCCGUGUAUUGUAGAAUAAAAUGGAAACUGAGGGAAGUCACAGAAAGAUGCAAGAUUUUAGUAAAACAGUGAUGGUGGAAAAGGAAACAAUUUCUAUUCUAAAAUAUUUUUGUUCAUAUUUCAAAGACAAGUCAUCCUGCGGGUUCAACAUCAACAGGGCAUCCUUCCAUGAUCUGUUAUAGCUGGUUAUCGACUCGCUAAAUUAACCCAGGGUUUCCUGAUUUAGGGACAAGUGCAUUCACAUGAAAAGGGGUGGUGUUGGCAACAUCUGACCAAUUAUAUUACUGGCAGCUGAGUGGCUGAUUUUACAAAGGCAGAGUAAACUGUAAAACAGUCAGUGGGUUACUUAAUUUGGAGACACUGUAUAAACUGGAUUUUAUCUCAGCAUGCUCAAUAAAUGUUUAUGUCUCUUAAUAAAAUUCAGUGUAACGACUGUA